CAACGAGUUUCUCUGAAGGCGGCGACGCGCACGGUCGUGCAUACACUGUCAACCACUAUAACUUAUUUACCUUCAGCCGCCGAGUGAUCGCGGAACGUGCCUGAGUCUCAAUUGGUGCAAUCAUCCAGUUGAGCGUAAACAAACCAAACAUGGGGCCGCAAUGGCUGACAUUCGUGUGUGUGUGUGUCUUGGCUGCCUCGACGACGCUAUCGGAAGCCUUUCCCACGCAGGAAACUUUGGUUGUAGCUAAGAGUGAAACGCCGAGUACAACACCAUCUGUAUCAACCAGCCAUGAACAAUCAUCAACACCACCAUCAACAGAACGUCCUCUCCUUCCACUGAAACUCACAGAGAUGGACGUCAGAUCUGAAGUAGCGAUGAGAUAUGCGCAUACGGCUGUAGUCACCACAGUGAAGAACCCAGCACAUCGCGCUCAGGAAGCCACUUUCAGGGUCUUGUUGCCGGAGACUGCUUUCAUAAGUGGGUUCACUAUGAUCCUGGAUGGGACACCGUAUAAGGCGUACGUAAAAGAAAAGGAAGAAGCCAAACAAAUUUUCAAUGACGCCGUUUCGCAUGGCUUGGGAGCUGCUCACAUCGCUGCUAAGGCACGCGAUUCAAAUCAUUUUACCGUAUCAGUGAACGUCGAGCCAAACAAAACCGCAGUGUUCAACCUCACGUACGAAGAGUUACUUGGCCGUCGCAACAACGUGUAUAAUCACGCCAUAAAUCUGCAUCCCGGUGUAGUGGUACCAAAGUUGACGGUGACUGUACACAUCAAGGAAGCUCAGAAGAUCACUGUGCUUAGAGUGCCUGAAGUUCGCACUGGAAAUGAGAUUGAUGCCACGGAAACUGACACACCAAACUCAGGCGCCGUUAUCGAUCGCGGUCACGACGACCGGGAAGCUACCAUCACGUUCACGCCAGACAUCAACGAACAGCGCCGUCUUAUGGAAAUAUAUGCCGAGAAAAGCAAGGAGUCACAACACGGUUUAUGGCGGCCGCAAUCUGAACAUGACAAGCCGAUUGACGGCAUACUUGGACAAUUCGUCGUGCAAUACGACGUCGACCGGCCCAAAGACGGAGAAAUCUUGGUAAAUGACGGUUACUUCGUACAUUUCUUCGCACCUACCGCCCUUCCGCCACUGGCGAAGCACGUAGUAUUCGUUUUGGACACUUCAGGCUCCAUGUCGGGCCGCAAGAUCAACCAGCUGCAGCAGGCCAUGCACACUAUUCUCAGCGAACUUAACCCUGGGGAUUAUUUCAGCAUCGUUGAGUUUGCCUCCUCCGUUACGGUUCAUGAUCUGAAAGAAGCUCUGGAGGAACCAACUAGGAAGGAGUAUAAUUACUAUAGCUGGGACUAUGAAAAGCCAGCCACCCUACUGCCGCCUUCCCCCGCAACGCCGGAAAAUAUUUCCAAAGCUAAGGUCAUUGUCAGUCGCAUGACUGCUGACGGCGGCACAAAUAUUGCAUCCGCGUUAAAUGUAGCUGUCGAUCUAAUAAACAAAGGCGUGGGAUGGAAACCAGAAACAAAUGCCACCUCCUCGACUACUCCAUCAACCAUUGAACCUAUACCAGAGCCUGCUGAAAGGAAGCUUGCUGAAGUGAAGCCUGCCGAAGAGAAGUCGGAAGCAAAGGAAUUGGAUGUUGCCAAGGAAGAGAAAAGCCUAGAGCCAAUUAUAAUCUUCCUUACGGACGGCGAUCCGACUGUGGGAGAGACUGACCCUACGCGCAUCAUUAACCGUAUUAGCGAGAAAAACUCCGGUGUCAAUAAGGCUUCAUUAUUCUCUCUCGCUUUUGGUGAAGAUGCGGAUCGCAAGUUCCUACGCAAAAUAUCUCUCCGUAACGAAGGCUUCAUGCGGCACAUCUACGAAGCAGCAGAUGCAGCGUUGCAGUUGCACGACUUCUACCGCCAGGUUUCGUCACCUCUGCUGGCUGAUGUUAAAUUUAUCUACCCCGCUGACCAGGUGAAGAAAGACUCAUUAACGAAGCACAAUUUCCGCACGUACUACUCGGGUGGAGAGACCGUAGUAGCCGGACGCGUUGCUGACGGCGCAGUUGAGAUUAGCCCGCAUAUCAUUGGUAUUUGCGGGGUCGAUGACGGCUUCACAAAGAAACGCUAUGAGAUCUUCCCGAAAGUGCCGGUAUCCCGUAACGUAGGCGAGUACCUUCCUCUGGAGCGGCUGUGGGCCUACCUCACCAUCAAGCAAUUGCUGGACGAACGUGACGCCGCCGACCAACCCGCUGAUAAGGAAAAGGAGGACACACCGGAAAAAAAGGCUUUAAGCAUCGCACUAAGGUACGAAUUCGUGACUCCAUUGACAUCAUUGGUGGUCGUGAAGCCCAACGCAACCAACGCUGUCAAUGCUGAAUCUGUUGACAAGCCAAAUGACUACGGAUUCAGCACAAUAUCGUCGCAUGCGUUCAAUGCGUACCCGCUGCAGCUCUCGGCGCCACAGUUCGGCGGCGCCGGAUUCCAAGGACCGCCCGGCCAGCCUGCGCUUUACAAGGCGGCCUUCUUAUGUAAGUCGUGUGCCAUAGGGCCUGAGGCCGUGGCAAUGGACGACCUGAUAAACGUCGAGGGUCAGCAGAUCGAUUACGAAGAACAUGACAGUGACAUUCGGUUUGAAACAGACAGGAUCGCCGGCCAAUUAUACACCACAACACCGGCACCGCCACCGCCACCGUCAUUUACAACGGAGUCAUCACUGAAGAAAUACCAUAUUGAGAACCUUCCAUGGCUGCAGGAGCUGUUGAGCCCUGGAAGCAGCACCUUGAAUAUUACCGUUACGAAAUCUGAACCUAACGGCACGCAAUCAAACACUUUUGUUGAACUUGAACUUUCAACAAACGCUGCUGAUGAUCCACCCAAAGAAGCUGGUGGUGACCAAAAAUGCGCUCCGUCGACCAACAGCGUAGAAGGCCUGUGCGUGUAUGUGUCGCGAUGCAGUGCCGCCGUCAACAUGACUGCGACUACUUAUCCCGAGUUCCACUGCAAAGUUGAAAAUAAAUACGCGGGAAUAUGUUGUCCAAGUGAUAUGGUGGAUGUGAAAUCGAAUUAGCGAGACUCAGGUCACGUCUUCGUUAUGUUUCUAUUAUAGUAAGAAUAGCUCGUGUGACUGAAUGGAACUAAAUGUGAUUCAACAUUUAUUAGCAUAGGUGCUACUUGAUUUGUGCUAUACGCCAAUGUCCUUCAUCGUAACAACUUUUGUACCUUUAAAAUAAAUUAUUU